UUAGUUGGGAACUAUAGUUUGGUUUCUUCUACUUUCAACAGUCGUCGUCAAAGCGUCAGAGAGAAGAGAAAAAGGGUCUCUCUCCUCUCUCACUGGGUUUUAUAACUGAAAUAAGAAAUAUGCAAUCUGGCGGCGAUUUCAGCAACGGCUUCCACGGCGACCAUCACCGUGAGCUUGGAUGGGAAGAGAAGCAACUCGGUGUUGGUGGUGGUCUCAGCUCUUCUUUUGGCCGAGCCAAGAGACGUAGUAUUCGCCGCGGACCUCGUGACCUUAGUGACGGCGGAGCCAAUGUGCUUAGGGUUUCUGACCAGCUUGCCGAGCACAAGACUCUGGAGACUUCGGAAUCUUCUCCUUCUCCUUGUACUGACUUCGACGUUGCCUAUUUCCAUUCCUAUGCUCACGUUGGGAUUCACGAAGAGAUGAUCAAGGAUCGGGCAAGGACAGAUGCUUAUAGGGACGCCAUAAUGCAUCAUCAGAGCUUCAUUCAAGGCAAGGUUGUGGUGGAUGUUGGCUGUGGAACAGGCAUCCUUUCAAUCUUCUGUGCUCAAGCAGGUGCAAAACGGGUAUAUGCUGUUGAUGCUAGUGAUAUAGCUGUCCAGGCAAAGGAAGUUGUGAAAGCCAACGGUUUAUCCGACAAGGUCAUUGUUUUGCAUGGGCGAGUGGAGGAUGUUCAAAUCGACGAGGAGGUUGAUGUUAUAAUUUCAGAGUGGAUGGGUUACAUGCUCUUGUAUGAGAGUAUGCUGGGAAGUGUUAUUACAGCUAGAGAUCGCUGGUUGAAGCCUGGAGGUUUAAUUCUCCCAUCACAUGCAACAUUAUUCAUGGCACCUGUUUCACACUCUGACAGAUAUAGCCACAGCAUUGAUUUUUGGCGCAAUGUUUAUGGAAUCGAUAUGUCUGCGAUGAUGCAAUUAGCUAAACAGUGUGCGUUUGAAGAACCCAGCGUGGAGUCCAUAUCAGGCGAGAAUGUUCUAACAUGGCCAGGAGUGGUUAAACGUAUAGACUGUCAAACAAUACAAAUCCAAGAGCUAGACUCCGUUACUGCAAAAUAUAGAUUCCAGUCAAUAAUGAGAGCCCCUAUGCAUGGUUUUGCAUUUUGGUUUGAUGUUGAAUUCAACGCACCGGCCUCUUCGCCUGCCAAGAAUACUAGUGAAAGUAGUGCUGCUAGUGGUUCUUCAUCGAUAAGUCCUUCUGGAGAAGGAAAUCAGAAGAAGAGGACUAAUCGGAGUGAUGCACUCUUGUUGUCCACCUCUCCCGAAGCUCCUCCAACGCAUUGGCAGCAAACAAUUGUAUAUUUCUAUGACCCCAUAGACGUAGAGCAAGACCAAGUCAUUGAAGGUUCCGUGACACUUUCUCAAAGCAAAGAGAACCGGAGAUUCAUGAACAUCCAUCUCGAAUAUUCCUCGGCUGGCCGUUCCUUUGUAAAAGAGUCGGUAAUGCGUUAAGGAGGCGAUUCCCUGACAAUCUCUCCUUACCUUAGAUGUCCUGUAAGCUGUAGUCUCUUCUGCUAAAGCAUUGAUUAGUCCAGAAAUUGCAGAACCAACACUUGAAGACAUUGACAAACACAAGCUAUUUUUAGUCUGUGAAACACCAGUUCUUGUAUUAUUAGUCUGCGAAACACCAGUUCUUGUAAGAGUAUUUAGGUUUUAGAUAUGAUGGAAACAAUUUUAGGACAUUGUUUGGGGCCAUUUUUGGCCUGUUACUAGAUAUGAGCGCUCAGCAGACGACACUUAUCUUUAAAUACUUAAAUUUGUCAUGCACAUUCAUAUUUUAUUGGAAAUUUGUAUAACCUAAUACAUUAAGAUCAAUUUAUUUAAUUU